GUCCGGUAGCGUAUUGGAAGGCGACUGCUUGAGCUGCGCGGACGUGGUCACGCAGGUGGGCAAGAUGCCGAACUGUGCUGGGCGAAGUGUUCGAGUGCCUCGAGGGCUGAUGGCGCUGAGAGGUAACACCAGGCAUGGCCUGCGCUUCUACCGCUGUCCCAAUGCGGGGGCCUGCCCCGGAGGAGAUAUGGUGGUCGCUGACAACCUCACGCAAAACCAACGUUGCGCUGGAGGCUACGAUGACUCGUCUGCCGGCUGCACCCAAUGCGCCACAGGCUACGGACGACAAAACCUCGAUCCCUUCGAGUGCGUCCAAUGCGGUCGCUGGGACCUGAGCCUGGUCUACUUCCUGCUGCUGCCGGUGGUGCCACUGCUGCUGGCUGUGCGCUCGGCCAGUCAAACCGAAAAGGAACGAAUGAGUAUGGUGAUCAAGGUGAUUUUGUCCUUUGGGACCUUUCUGGCCACGAUUCAAAACAUCUUGGAGCAGACCACAAUCUAUCGUGAGUUGCGGACGCAGUUGACCGUAGCGCUAGGUCUGUUGGAAGCCGAGAGUGAAGCGGGUGGUGCCACCUUGCUGUCCGCAAGCUUCGAUUGUUUGAUGGGCGGCCAUGCCUCACGAUGGCACUUUUUGGGGCUGCAGACCUUCCACUGUUUGGCCUUUCUCUUGAUCUUCCUGGUGCUAGAAAUCUACGGCUUGCUGAGUCGCUCGGAGUCCUUCGGGGCCAGCUGGCUGCGCCGGACGCUGGUGCUAGGCAACGCCUUUCUGCCCGCCAUCUUCGCGUCCUUCCUGCAGUGGGCGCCCUGUUUCCACAUGGCCAAGGAGCCGGACGGCAGCUUUGAAAGUUUCUCGGUCUUCCAGGUCACUGAGCCCUGUGGCUUUGUGAUGCCAUGGAUGCCCCUGCUGGGGCUGUCGCUGUUUCUGUUGCUGGGUCCGCUCCACUGGGCCUUCAUGGUGUCACAAUCGCGGAAGUGGAAGAACCGCAAGGAGUACAUUGGAUUCCUCAUCGCAGGCUACAACGUGCACUGCGAAUGGUGGGAGAUCACGGUGCUGCUCCGCAAGACCUUCCUGAUCGGUGCCCUGGUCUUGCUGCCCGUGUCGUAUGCCCCGAUGUCCUUGGUCAUUGCCACCGUGCUGAUCAUGUUGGCUGCGCUGGUAGGACAUAUGGCGAUGCGACCGUAUGUGGACCCACUGAUGAACCUCCUCGAAGGUGGUGUGUUGACCUAUUCGAUGCUAGCGUUGAUUCUCACGCUGUAUUUGAUGUCUGAAAGCUGGACCAACACCAACAAGAGCCUGGUAUUCUUCAUCCUCAUCGGCUCCAAUGCUGUCACCUGUUUGCUUCUCCUGGUGGUCUUUCUUUUCAUCGCCCUGCGGCGACAGGACUCCUCGGUGUCUCGCUCCGCGGCGUCCACGGCGUCCACCGUACCGUCGGUACCGGCGGGGUAGCUGAUGCUUACCGAAUCGGACAGUUGAGACUGAGAGCAAGCGAAAUGCGUGAAAUUCCGCCGGUGGAUGUGGUGAAGCAAACAAUAAGCUCCAAUGUUU